AUGGCGAGUGCGAGUGCGAACCCGGGGGCCGAGCCCAACAUGGCCGUGGACCACGUCGGCACAUCGCCUCAGAAGCGACGUGUUGGGGACGUGGCUCCUGCAGAGGGAGGACAACCACUUACCUUGGACCUUAUCCGAGAGGCGAUCCGGGGGGAAAUCAAGAGUGCAGUCGGGGGAUUCCGUGACGAUGUCCAAGCAGUGGUGGCUGGAGUGGACAACGUGGAGUCCCAAGUCACCACUAAAAUGCAACAAACCAUCAACCUGUUGGAGGACAUGACCGGGAAGUACCACUACCAGCAGGACGUUCUCAAGCAGCUGCAAGAAGCAAACAGGGAGGUGCAGGCACGUUUGGAGCGCCUUGAGAAGGGCGGGGGAGCAUCGAGCAUCGCCGGGGGGAGCACGGCCCCUCCAAGCGAGCAGGGGAGGCAGCCGGCCUUAAUCAUCGGCGGCUGGGACCCGGAGCAGGAAGCCCAUGAGACCAAAGAGGCCGUCGAAGAUAUUCUGAAGAGCAUGCAAGCACCCAUCAGCACCGGGGGGCUCUUCGUGCCCGGCAUCCGCCGGGGAUACGCGAUCUUGCCUAUCCCCGAGAACCCGGGAGAGACAGCCGAGAGCCGGAGAAGUCGCAUCCAAGAGGUCAUCUCCAAAGUCAGGGGGGCCAAUGUCAUCCUGGGGGAGCGCCGUGAUGGAGGGACCAGAAAGGUCUGGAUAGCUAUGUCACAACCACCAGAACGUCGAAGGCGAUCCAGGAUGGCGGCCAAAGUCAAGAGGCUCUACCUGUCCCUGGGGGGGGGAAAAAGAGCGCCUGGAAGUCGAAUACAGCAGCGGCAGUGCCUGGCUGAAGACGGGGAACACCACGACGCGCGUCUGCUCUACUACCGCCUCAAGGACCCUCACACCACCAUUGCCACGCUGGCCAAGGCCAUCACCAUACCCGGGAAAGAGCAGCGCAAAUUCCGCGAGAGCACACACCUACACCGGCUGCGAGCGCAAGCCCGGACAGCACCGGUGGGGGCACCCGCCAGACAAGCCUGGAAAGCCGUCAGCAGGCAGCACAAGCAAGAGCGGAGAGCAUGGCAAAAGGGCCUCGCAGAGCAAGCAGCCAACCUGGACUGGAAGGCACUGAGAGCCCUGCAGCAGGGGAAGACUCACAGGGGGUGGCAACUGCAGCUGACUGAUGACCCCCAAUGGCAACACACCCUCACGACACACAUGAAAGGGAUCUUUGCGAAGGUCCAACCCGUGGGGGGAGCCCGACUGGAGACUUUGCGAGCGUCCCUACGCAGGCGAUGCAAACACGUACCGUGGGAGCCCUUCACCGCACAAGAGCUUGCAGCUACAUCACACAAGUGGGCGCGCAACAAAAGCACGGGGCCCGACGGGGUCUCACAUGAAGCCGCCCGAACCCUGCUGGAGGAUGUGGCCUGGGGGGAGCGAAUCAGGGAGAUGCUCAGUGACAUGCUCUAUGUGGGCAAGAUCCCAAGUGGAAUCGAGGAGGGGAUAACCGUCCUGCUGCCCAAAAUCCCCUCACCCCUGGAAUGGGGGGAAAUCCGCCCCAUUACACUUUCGUCCACGUUCCUCAAGUGGGCAGCACAGCUCCUCCUGGCCCGGGCGGGGACAGUGUCUGGCAACACAGCCUUGCAGAACUGGUGGGGGGGAUCCCGCCACAACGGUUUCCAGUGCCACCGGGGGGGGGACAACAUCCAUGCCAUACUCCAAACCCGUUCCCUCAACGUCGCGGUAGGGGAUGUGGUUACCCCCAUUCCCCAAACGAAUGGCAUCAGGCAGGGCUCCCCCGAUUCGCCCGAUCUUUUCGGGGGGAUCAUCGCAGAGGACCUCUCCCGAGCAAUCCAGAGAACCCCACCCCAGCCCGCCGAUCCACGUAAAUGGCCCCCUCCUCCUAGUUGCGGGGGAUCCUUCCUCGACGACACCUAUCUAUGGAGCCAGCACAAGCCACACCUGCAGCAACUACUGACACACCUGGAGGACGAACUCCAGCAGGAUGGACUCAGCAUCCACCCCGUCAAAACAGCCAUACUCUACAGCCAAGCAGAGGGAGGAGGGGAUUUCACCAUCCAAGGGGGGAGAGUGCCCUGCCAACCCCACGGGACCAUCAUCUCCGCGUUGGGGAGCCCCAUCACCUUCGGCGACCAAACCACGGCCAUUGUGGGGGAGAUGGCCCGGCGAGCCAGAGCAGCCUUUGCAAAGCACAAGCGGGUCUUGAAAGCGAGGACCAGCAUCCGACCCCGGCUCGUCGCGUACGAUACCCUGGUUCGGAAUGCCGCGCUCUACGCCGCAGAAAGCUGGCUCUGGGGGCACCUGGCCAGGGGGGGGGAACAGGUUGCAGCCAUGCUGGAGUGGAAGAACCUUCGAUACUGGAGAAUACAGCAACAGCUCCCACCCAGGCAGCGCGUCAAGCAUGCGGGGAGAUUCAAUCCCGGGGGGGACAUCGAACGAGCCCUCGAGAGCAUUGCAGGCACACGCUGGGGGGAGGUGGCGCAAGACAGGGGCAGGUGGCAAGCACUGCAGCAAGCUUUGUCGACCGUUUUGACGUACCAUGGGCCAGCGGCCGCCAGCACUCACUACAAAACUUACACCCCAACUCGCAACAACACCCACCAGCUCACGCACCUCCCGCCCUCCCAGCCCGAGCCGCGUGACGGAUGCAACGCAGCAGCAGAUAGCCUGGCCCUGGCGGUUAGCCACCAAAUCCAGCUUAUCCACGACACGGCCGGAAGCAUGCAGGGGGACACCUCGGCGACCAUCACCACGUACUGUGACGUAGCAGCACAACUCUUAGCGUUGAUGUACCCAACCGGCAUAGUGCCCGACACGUGCAAGCGGGGGAGGCCAAGGGGGGUGUGCAACUCCAAUUACUUGGUGGAUGCGCUUUCCUCCUUUACCCACCAUCUGCAUGGAGGUGGGGGGAGACUCACAAGAGAAGAGUGGCAGCAGGAUUUAUCGUACCUUAUCCGAGUGCUUGAGGAGGGAGCAGUUCAGUUGCAUGAACCCAUGCCUGCAGCCGUCUCCUUGCAACAGCUGCAGUGGGGGGCUCGAUGCCUCCAGAGAGCCAUCAUGUUGCUGACAGCAGCUCUGGACUCCUCAUUGAGGGCCGAAUGCUGCUGGAACACCCCGAAGCUUUGGGGGGAGCUCAGAGAUCUCACCGCACCCGCUGCCACGCUCCUGGAGCAGCGGGGGGAGGAACCAGCAGAAGACCCGCCGCCGAAGAGAGCCAGAGCAGGAGACCACGCAGCCCCUGUUCACCCGGCCGACGUCUUGCAGCUGGCCCAAGGAGGGGAAGAAGGGGGGAGAAGAACUACAACAGCCAUGUCAGCGGCGAGCCUCCUCUUUGACGCCGCCGCCCAGUUCCGCAAGCUCGUGCCGACCUUGGUGGACGAGCAAGUGCCUCUAGCCCUACAACUCUUGCGCGCGACGGAGGCCACACAACAAGCCAUGUUCGGGGGAAGCAUGGCCGCCGACGAAGAGACCCAAACUGAUGAUGGAGGUCCACUACCGGAACAGCCAGCACUACCAGCACAAGGGGGGAAGCCUGAGCAGGGCGAUCUCCCUGCCAAGCCAGCCGAAGCUCAUGGACCAGACGUGGAGAGACCUACGAACGACGAGGAGGGCACCAACUUUGCGAGGGGGAACCCUCAACCA